GUACAUGUUAUCUAGUGAUUUCCACUUAUUCCAUUUAAAUUGUAUUCGAACGACUAAAGUGAGAAAUUAUUUCCGAUUAUUAUAGUAUAAUUAUAUAUUUUGUUAUUAUUAUAAUAUCUUCUAAAUACAUCUAUCCAGCACUAGUCUGCAAAACAUGUUGUAGGUAUUGUAUAUGUUUGUUAUAAGUAUAUUGACGCUUACAUUACUACUCAACAUUAUACUUGAAAGUUGAAAUUACUUACAUAAAAUUAUUUACUCGACAAUCGGCAUCUUGCCUGAUAAUAUAAAUAUCAUACUAUUGACAUGGGGUACAAACUUUUAUUUAUUUGAAUCUCACAAUAGGUAUAUAAUAAUAUUAUUGUGGCCGAGUGAAAGACAACAAAUGACUAAUACAAAAACCAUUAAAACCAUAUUAUAUUAUAUCAACGUGCGUUCGGGUAUAAUUAUUUUUGGAAAGUCGUUCGGUCGGACUUAGACAACGUUGGCGACGUCUGUCGGUGGACUUUGGCGACUGGGGUAACAAUCGGCUGUUCGCCGACGGGCGCCGAAAACGGUCGGCGGCGGCGGUCGCGGUCCACUAGGUGGCGGCGCGCGGGCGUCACGCCGUGGCGUGCCGGCCGGCUGUUGAUAGGGCGGCACGCGCACGUGUUGAACAGUGCAAAUCCGUCGUCGGUCGACCGCUGUCGUCCGAUACGCGAUCCCUCCCGCCGCCGACGAAGUAUUUUUUUUCUCCCCAGUUCGAUUCGUCCGCCGUCCGGUUUCGUUGUACCCAAAAAACGGACGUGGUUCGCGAAUUAAUAAUUGUUAAUGUCGUCGUAAAACUCCGUACGUACACGCUUUAUGUGUGCACAUAUUUUAGGGUAUUAGCUGGCAAUCGCCCGGCAACGUUCUGUGUUUGGUUGUCGCUGAGACGACUUAGAUCGGAUAGAAAAUAUUAUGUGAUAUUAACAUUUAAAAAAAAAAAAAAACAGUAACAAUAUAAAGGUAUUCGAGUAUUCAUUCCAAAUAUAACAAAAGUCGAAAAUCGCGGGAAACUCGUGACAAACUCUCCUCCGCCCGCGACGUUCAACCGAUUUGUAAGAGCCGCGUGCCGGAACACCCGUCGGACUGUCAUUGCCGUAAUAUCAUUGUUGUCGUUGUUGUCGUUUCCAACACGGACUCGCGAGCGUGGCGACGGCGGUCGUCCGUCGGAGGCGGCGGCGACGGAUCAGCCGGCGACGCCGAACGGACGUCGUCGGCGACCACCAUGAAGCUGGUGUCGCGUCUCCGAGGCGUGGACAACAGGGACGGUCAACAGCAGCCGCCGCCACCGCCGUCCACGUUACCGGGUGGCCGGCGGCUGAGCGUGGCCGCCGCCCCUCCCCGCGCCGCGUCAUCCACUGGCAUCAUAGCGGCCAGGGACCGGUCCAGGUCGCUGUGCGUCGAACGGCUGGGCCUGGCCACGCUCCUUCACCCGGCCGCCAUACCGGUCAGAGAGCUCAACAGGAGGCGGGCCUCGUCCGCACUAUCGUCGUCUAAUGAUCUCAUAUCUAGACGUGGUGUCUUCAGCAGGCGUCAUUACGGUUCUGUUGAAUUAUUACCCCAAUUGGAUGCAUCUGGCCAAGAUCCGGGAGGAAGAAGAUUUAGAAUCGAAAAUGGCGAUUCUCUUGGAGAAAAAGAAGAGAUAUUUGGAUCACCUUGUACUCCAGUUCUGGAAAAUCCAGAAUUUCAGACAAGAUGGUACUUUAAAUACUUUUUGGGAAAAUUGCACCAGAAUUAUGUUGGAUCGGAUGUGGAUAAGUUUCCAUUUUUUUUAUCCAUUGUGCUGACGGAUGCUAAUCAUCAGUGCGUGCCUCAAUAUAGAGCGAUAUUAUGGCGCAAAACGGGAGCACAAAAAAUCCUGUUACCUCAUACUCCACACAAGCCAAUGACAGUCAAGCAAAUUUUGAGUAAUUUUCCGGCUAUGGAUAAGUUAGAGAAAGGUCCAAAAGAAAUAUUUUCACCAGAAAUUCAAAAGGAUUUGUUGCUUUUGGAAGAACAAGAAGGAUCGGUGAAUUUCAAAUUCGGCGUGCUGUACACCAAACCCUGUCAACUAACCGACGACGAGAUGUUAAGCAACGAAAACGGCAGCGAAGAAUUCAAUCAAUUCGUAUCGUUAUUGGGCAACAGGGUACGACUGAAAGGAUGGGACAAGUACCGGGGAGGAUUGGACGUAAAAGGAGACAUGACGGGCGAAUAUUCGGCGUACACGAUAUACGAAGGGCACGAAAUCAUGUUUCACGUGUCCACAAUGUUGCCGUAUUCCAAGGACAACCGACAGCAGGUGGAACGCAAACGUCACAUUGGAAACGACAUCGUCAACAUUGUGUACGUGGACGGGGGUGCGACGCAAAUGUCUCAGUUCAACCCCGCGUUCAUCAAGUCACAGUUUACACAUGUUUUUGCGCUGGUCGCGUACGAUUCGUCGGACAACAGCUAUAAGUUGGUGGUUUACUCCGAAGAAUCUGUACCACUCUUUGGUCCAUCGUUACCGUGUCCUCCAGUCUUCAAAGUGCCUCAAGAAUUCAGAGAAUUUCUCAUUGUCAAAAUGAUAAACGGUGAGAAAGCAACGUUCAAUACACCCACAUUUGCGAAAAAACGAGAGCGAACACUCGACAUGCUCAUCAAAGACCUGUACUCAGACUACAUGUCGGAUUCUAGUAAAGUGGCAAUGUUGAACAGACGGGCGUUCAGCGACGUGUUGCCGGACCCGCCGCGAAGCUCGCGGCGCAAAGAGGAGGCACGGCAGGUGGAGUUCGUACGGAUCGGGCAGGCGCUCAAGCUGGACACCAUCGUCAAAGGGGAUGCGCCCACCAGCCUGGCCACCACGGGGCUGUUCAAGCGGGCGCCCUGGGAACCGCAGUGCUUCUACCCGGACUUUGGCCACGAUAUAGUGUGCGGCGACUCGUGGGCCGACACCCGGCUGGUCAUCAGCACCGAGAACAGCGGCGUGUUCGUAAUCGAAGACAGCGUGUCCCAGAGGCAAAUCUUCGACAAGACGAUACAAGCCAACCAGUUGAACAUCGUGGAAGCCCACGGUAUCCUUCUGUUCAGGACCGAAAAAGGGCGCGACAGCAAGAUAUACGUGUUCAGACUGUCUGAGUUCGAUGCGGACAUGCAGACGGAAGUAAAAAGCAAACCGGACCUCAAAGAUCAUAAACUAGAACGCACGAGGGGCUGCAGUAUGUACGCGAUUAGUAAGCCCGGUGGUUCGAGGCUCAAAAUGGUAAUCUGUGUGAACCGAAAACUGACGCUGAUGCAGUGGAAACACUCGGCCGCCUGGACAGCUUGGUGCCCGGCCAGCGACACGGACACGGUCGAAGGGUUCAUGUAUCUGAGGGAAUUCCAAAUCGCCGAACAGCCGUCGAUCAUCACGCUGAUUGAGUCGGCCGUUGGUGGAAACUCGGACGCGUGCAGCAUAUGCGUCGGAUACAAACAUCAAUUCGACAUCAUAACCGACGGAUCGGGCACCGCCCGGCGGUUGUUCGCCGUCCAGGAGGGCACCAAAGCUCACCUGGUGUCGGCCACCGAUCUCUACGAGGACGAGGAACCUGAGUUGCUGUUGUGCUAUAACAACACUUGUCAUUUUCAAAAACUUAGCGAAACGAACAAUACGACCGAAUUUGAUUUCCAUUGGAAUUCCAUUCCGAAAGACAUAGUGUGUUCCUUCCCGUACAUCAUAGCAUUUACCACGGAUACAAUGGAAAUCAGACUUAUAAUCAAUGGCAAUCUUGUUCAGACUAUGGCUAUGCCGAAACUAAAAUUAAUUUGUUCCAAGAACGACAUAUAUUUUGCAACUACUGCUCCAGAAUUUUUCCAUGGGAAAAUGGAGAGACUGCAAAUGGACCAACAGAAAGCAGAACGAGAAAGCAUGUCACCGCCUGCUUCGCCACACUUGUCUCCGGAAACUAAACCGCUUCGCCUGUACCGGAUACCUUUGAACGCGCUCACCGGCGUGGUCGGUCCAUACGACCGGAAAUGCGUCAACGAGGGCGACGACUCGAACGAGAACAAGACCGUCGAGAACCUCAAACUGUCGGAGAGCAAGUCCCGGACGUCGGCGAGCAGGAGCUGCACAGCAUCGCCGACGACAGGUCUGAACGCGACUAAUCUGCUGCUGCACAAGACAUAAACGUUCCGCCGGUGGUUACUCACAAUAAAAAAAUAAUGCAAAAAUA